AUGGCGUCCGACAGCACCACCACCAGUGGCCUGAACGUGAUCGCCCUCGUCUCCGGCGGCAAGGACAGCUUCUUCAGCCUGCUUCACUGUCAGGCCCAGGGCCACCGCGUCGUCGCCCUCGCUAAUCUGCAUCCGGCAAGACGGGAGCACGAGGAACGAGCACGUCCGAGCGCAGAAGAUGGCUCCAGCAGCAGCAAUGUCGGCACCGCCGCCGCCACCGGUGUACGGCCGCCGUCGACAGGGGUAGUUGAGAUUGCUCCGGCUCGACAACCACGCCAAGCUGGUGACGCUGAUGGCGAGGUUGUGGAUGACGAUGAGGACGAGGACGAGGAGGACUCGAACAGCUUCAUGUACCAGACCGUCGGGCACGCGGUCAUCCCCCUUUAUGCUGCUGCCACCGGCAUCCCCCUCUACCGGCAGCCUAUCCUGGGCGGCGCAGUGCAGAGUGCCCGCGACUAUGCUCCCGGUGAGGAGGCGGCCACUGCCCAGGACGAGACGGAGUCCAUGGUUCCUCUGCUCCGGCACGUUAUGGCCCAGCAUCCAGAGGCCAACGCCGUCAGCGCCGGCGCCAUCCUGAGCACCUACCAGCGCACGCGGGUCGAGUCUGUCGCCCUCCGUCUCGGCCUCACACCCCUGGCCUACCUGUGGAAGUUUCCCGUACUGCCCAACCCCUCCGGCGACGACGCCCAGCUGCUCGUCGACAUGGCCGCCGCUGGCCUGGACGCGCGCAUCGUCAAGGUCGCGAGCGGCGGGCUGGACGAGUCGUUCCUGUGGGCGAGCGUCUCGUCUCCGGCGGCCGUGGCGCGCCUGAAGCGUGCGAUGGGCCGGUUCGGCACGAGCGAGAAGGGCGCCGUGCUGGGCGAGGGCGGCGAGUUCGAGACGCUCGUCGUGAAUGGCCCGAGGAGGCUGUUCAGCAAGCAGAUCGUGAUCCAGGACGACCACAGGAGCAUCGUCAGGGAGGGAGGCGGCACUGCCUGGGUGAGAGUCCGGAAGGCACAGGUACUAGAGAAGCCAAUACCUACUCCAGAUGCGACUACGGACAAUGAAAAUGUGAGAAUUCCGGAAAUGCUCGACGAGAGAUUCAGCAUGGUCCUUGAAGGACUUCAGAGUUCUGAGCUGCCAAGUGGAGUGUCCUCAGAUUUGGCUGGCAGAAGUAGGCCGUCCGUACACAGGGACGCUGAGACGCUCGUUCAAUGGAGCUUUGUGUCUCAUGACAAGAGCGAGUUAUCUUCGAUUGAGGUAGAGGCAGCCUCCCUGAUGGACAUGCUUCAGAGUCGUCUACGCUCCCAUUCUUUAUCACCCUCCUCUAUCAUCAGCACUGUUAUCAUCCUUCGUAACAUGUCCGACUUCCCUACGGUCAAUAAGAUCUAUAGCGCCCCUUUUACAGAACCAAACCCUCCGUCAAGAGUAACCAUCUCAUGUGGCGAGUUGCUGCCGUCGGGAUGCAACAUAAUCAUAUACGCCCUAGUCCACACAGCCCUGAAGACUGGUGAUCGAAAGGGCCUUCAUGUUCAGUCCCGAUCUUACUGGGCUCCCGCAAAUAUCGGGCCCUAUAGCCAGGCCAUCACAGUGCCUGCGAGCAGUCUACUGAAGUCAGGGGCUCGACAGCCAGAGUCGUCUAACGUGCAACUUGUCAAUAUAGCUGGCCAGAUUCCUCUCAUACCAGCCACGAUGGAACUCCCACGUGGUCCUGAUGCCUUCAGGAUGCAAGUUGUCCUCUCCUUGCAGCAUCUCUGGCGCAUAGGUCUCGAGAUGGGCGUGCAGUGGUGGAGCAGUGCCGUAGCUUACUUCCCGCGAGGUAGCGACUCAGACCUGCCUGUCAAAGAGAAAGCUCAGCUGGCAGGACGGGCCUGGGAAGCUUCUCAUCCCACCUCACAGAUUUCCGAAGAGGAGGAGGACGACAUGGCCUCCGGCCCAGAUCUGUGGGAUAGAAAGUACAACCCGGAAUACAUGUAUUUUGGCAGUGGUGACGGCCAGGCCGAGUCCGCUCCUCAAUUGCCAGACUGGUCUGUCAUUGAAGGAUCUACUCAAGCAGAGGGCACACGAGCAACGCCGUUCUUCUUUGCCGCCGAGGUCGAAGAGCUUCCUCGCCAGGCCGGCGUUGAGUGGCAGGCCCAUGUCGGAUAUAGCCGCCUGAGCGCGUCAAGUAUUCACGUCUACAACAGUGUCCGACUAGGCGCGCUAUCGUCAUACAGGUGGAAUAUACAACGAUGUACUCUAGACGUGGCUGGUGGUGGUCCUAUCGUGCAGACUGCCCUAUCAGUCGAGUUGAUCGACGAGUCCCUCUACACCGACAUACGUCCACUGUCUGAUAUGCUAGAGGAGGCUCAUGAAGUGUUGGUGCAAGAACUCUCCAACUCUGUGAAGAUUUCCUCCUUGGAGUCUUCGGGAAAUAUCUCUCCUUAUCAGGUAUACGUCCCAACAUGGGCAUUCACACAAAGCCAGGCACAGAAACAAAUUGUCAGCAAGGGCGUUCCAAUUGUGCCAUGUUUCUCAAUUCGCGAUGCUCGCGGACGCAAUCUAGGACUAGUGGCACUGUUUCGAGAUGUCUUCGAUUUCGACGAAUAA